AUGUCGGAACUACCCCUCCAAAUACCAACCCUGGGUCGCGACACAUUACCGCGGGCCAUGCCGCGCGACGCGCCUCUCACCGCUUCGGAUGCGGACGCAGUUCCGGCCACGUCGAUCAAAGGAGACGACCGAGCCGAAGUAACCCCCGACGCCGAGGCCGUCGCCUCUUACCAGAUUUCUCUGCCCAUCCGGACACGGCAGCCGUCCAGGGAAGCGAAGAAGCGUGCGGGUGGCUCUGCGGGGCCGUUCUUCGAGGUCCUCUCAUCCGACCUCCGCUACCAGAUUUACCAGCUGGCUUUUGGCCGCAAGAUCCUACACCUGUACUUACUGUAUCGCCGCAGCCUCCAGCCAGAUGUGAGAUGGAGGAAAGGCCAUCAACCUGUGCCGGCUUGGUACCCCCAUUCACCGAGCGUGUCGCCUAUGGAUCCGCCUUUUGCCGAUGCGAGUAUGACGCCGCAGUGGUACUGGUGGAGCUGCGUGUGCGGCCCCGAGGACCGCAAGCUCGAGACCAAACUGUCUGAUCAGUGUCCUAGAGGGUUCUACCAGACGUGUGGUCCUAAGGAGACAUAUCUGGGUAUACUCCCGUGGCUGCUGACAUGCCGAAGAGCCUACGAAGAGACGAUACAGGUCUUGUACGCGAGCAACACAUUCAAGUUCGAGCAGAGGCUUGAGGCUAUGUAUUUUCCGUACGCCAUCGCUACGCCGCACUUCACUUGGAUCACAUCUCUAGAAAUACGCAUACCGGAUCGUGAUGAGUCCCUUGUCGACAAAUCGUUAGACAAGUCCCCGCGGCCAUCACCUGGAGCACCCACGAUCACUGAGCUUCGCGCACUGAGCCCCCGAGAUCAGUAUCUGAACAUUAUCAAAAGCAUCGCGCCAAACUUCCCUGCCCUCCGUCGGUUACAUAUUUCGUUUGAGGGCUCCGUUCGUAGGGUCCCGGUUCCUCGACCAAAUGUGACAACGCUCCUCAUCUCCACUCUCGGUGAGGUGGACACAGACGAGCUGGAGUCUCUCAUCCUAGGUCCCAUUGACACGAUGCCAGUGGAGAUUGAGAAGCAGGUUCUGUUUUAUCAAUCACUCUACACAGCACUUCUCACAGCAGAGAGCCAGAAGAGCGAGGGCGAGGUCAAGGAGGUGGAGUACCUGCGGAGCGACGGUCGCCCUGGAUGGACCAAGUUCUGGCGGUCCGACCGCGGGAGACGAAUUUGCCGCCAACGAAACGAAACGGAACGAAACAAAACGUACCGUGCCGCCAUGCAUUCGCCAAUGUCAAGCCUCGACCAUUGGUGGUGGCGCUUCCUAGAGAACCAUGUCUACCGCAUCCCUCCACCGCCGAAGCGCAAGCGCACGAAGCCGAUGCAAGUUCUCUGCGUCGGUCCGCCGCGCAGCGCUACCGAGUCCCUGCAGCAGGCUCUACUUGCGCUCGGGUACGAUCAUACCUAUCACGGCUGGGAUAUCGUCUACGACGACCCGCCGAUUCCUGCUACGGGAUGGGGGAAGCUUGCUCGGAAGAAGUGGUACGGCGGUGGCGGGUCAUCCUCGCCGAAACGCAAAGGAGGCAAAGAGAUUGAUGACACAUCAUCAGAAGGCGACUGCCAGAUCACAGCUGAGGAAUUUGACGAGCUGCUGGGCCACUGUGUCGCGGUGACGGACGCAGCGGCGAGUUGCUUUGCGGCGGAGAUGAUCCGAGCGUACCCCGAGGCCAAAGUUGUGCUCAAUGUGCGGCGGGACCUUGACUCGUGGCAUAAGAGCGCGGUCAAAACGCUGGUUCACGUGAAUGAGAGCUGGAGCUUCUGGGUGUCGAGUCUGUUGGAUCGAGAGGCGUUUUGGGCGUGGCACGUGUAUGAGAGGUUCUUGUGGGCCUUGUUCUUCCGCGCGCCGGAUGGCGAUAUGGCGAGAGCGAUUAGGAGGAACGGCAAGUGGGUUUAUCGUGAACACUGCGACAUGAUCCGAGGCAUGGUGCCCGCUGACCGAUUGCUCGAGUGGUCCGCCGAUGAAGGAUGGGAGCCUCUGUGCAAGUUCCUGGGUAAGGAGGUGCCCGAUGUGCCGUUCCCGCACGCGAAUGCCGCUGGGCCUGGGGGCGGCUGGAAGGCGAGGGAGGAGAUGGCGAUUAAGAGUAUGGGAGGUGAAGACAACAUCUUGUGUGAAGAUUGGUGUUAG